GGAGGGGCGCUGCCGUCGAUUGAUGAGCUAAUGGCGAGGCUGCGGGACAAGUCUCAGCUGCAGUUGCAGAACGCGGAACGAGACCUCUGCAUGGUGCUCAACGCGCUCGCCGCCCGCCUGGCUGCAACCGCACGCAAGGUAUCCGCCAUGGCAACCAAACGUGCGGCUCAGGAGGCGGCGGGGGCCCUGCCCUCGCCGUCAAAGAAGACCCCUGGAGAGGAACAGCGGCCACAGAAGCGAGCGAAGAAGCAGACGGGGGCAACGACAACUGCGGCGGCGGCGGCGGUGGAGGAUGGCGAGGCGGCGGCAGGGGCUGAGGAGGCGAAGGGUGGUGACGCGGCUGCUGCGGAGGGGGAAGCGGCGGUGCCGGCGUUUCGAUACAAUGCCAGCGGCAAGAGCGCGGCCGAGCUAGCUGAAGACGGCCAACGCAUGCUGCGGGAGGUGGCGGAGAUGCUUGAGACCAGUUGGGCGGUGGGGGAGAACGGCAUCGAGGCGGCGGAGGGAGCUGCGGCGGCGGGAGAGGGAGAGGGCGCAGCAGCAGCAGCAGCGGGGGAGGGCGGGGAUAUGGAGAUCCAGGCGGCGGAUGCGAGUAUCAGGGCUUGGCGUCUGGUGCAGGCCCACACCUCCCAGCUCCUAGCCGACCUCCUGACCGCACAACCCGAACUCGUCACUGCGGCGCGACCUGCGGCCCCGACUGCCGCCGCUGCUGCGGCCGCUACCUCCACCGCCGCCGCCGCUACCUCCACUGCCGCCGCCGCUACCUCCACUGCCGCCGCCGCUACCUCCACUGCCGCCGCCGCUACCUCCACUGCCGCCGCCGCUACCUCCACUGCCGCCGCCGCUACCUCCACUGCCGCCGCCGCUACCUCCACUGCCGCCGCCGCUACCUCCACUGCCGCCGCCGCUACCUCCACUGCCGCCGCCGCUACCUCCACUGCCGCCGCUGACGUCAUCACUGCCGCCGCAUCUCGCGCUUCCGAGCUGCGUGCUUACGUGGCAAGUCGCGAGGCAGACGUGCGGUCUACCGCGGACCGAGAGCUGCAACGAGCACAGGAGCGGCGAGAUCGGGUGAAAUCCACAAUUGAGCGGUUGGAAAAGGAGCUGACGGAGGCGUACGAUACUGCCGUACGACAAGGGAUGCCGGCGGGUUUUGUUUCGGAGCCAAAAGGUUGGUUGGAGGCGUUGUACGGCAGAUUGGAAGCGGCUCGGCAGCUGGAAGCGAAGCAGCGGGAGGAGCAGC